CCUUUUGUUCCUUGCUGCCUUCCAUCUGCCCGUGUGUCCUGGCUGUUUUGUAACAGCAUCCCAUCAAAGCAUGGCCCCUAAAAAGCCAGAUCCCAAGAAGGAGGCUGCCAAACCUGCAGCAGCUCCAGCACCAGCUCCCCCUCCAGAACCACCCAAGGAACCUGCCUUUGAUCCCAAAAGUGUGACCAUUGAAUUUACUCCAGACCAGAUUGAAGACUUCAAGGAGGCCUUCAUGCUGUUUGACCGGACCCCAACUGGAGAGAUGAAGAUUACAUACAGCCAAUGUGGAGAUGUCAUGCGAGCCCUUGGGCAGAACCCAACCAAUGCAGAGGUUUUGAAGGUGCUGGGGAAACCAAAACCAGAAGAAAUGAAUACAAAGAUGUUGGAUUUUGAAACUUUCAUCCCAAUGUUGCAGCACAUUUCCCGAGCCAAGGACCAAGGGACUUUUGAGGACUUUGUGGAAGGGCUGCGUGUUUUCGACAAAGAAGGAAAUGGCACCGUUAUGGGAGCUGAACUGCGCCACGUACUUGCAACUUUAGGUGAAAAGAUGUCAGAAAGUGAAGUAGAACAACUAAUGUCUGGGCAGGAAGAUGCCAAUGGUUGCAUCAACUAUGAAGCUUUUGUCAAGCAUAUCAUGUCUGGUUGAAGACGGGAAUCCUUGAAAGUUCUUCAGAGGGGGAGAAAUUCCAUCCAUCAAGAAUUUGUCUCACAUCACUUUCACCCCUGAAUUCCCCAGGAGGUGGAUAUGCCACAAGCCGCGUAAGGGGGACUUUCCAUUAACACAGUAUAACAACUUCUGUACAUAAAAGAAUGGAUCCUCCAGUAUCGAUUUUAGAAUUCUAAUUGAUUGUUUUAUUUUGUCUUUCCAUCUGAUACCUUUGGUGUAUUCAAAUUAAAACAUGUGCGCAUAUCCACAUA